UCGUUGUGGUGAAUAAUGCUUGGUUUGUUUAAGGAGGCAUGACUGAUUUUGGAUGAAGAAUCCUGUCACUUUGGCAUUUUCAUGGUUUUAUUUAUUGCGCACAAACGUAUAAAACUUGGUACUGGUCUAAGUGCCAAGCUUAACAGUGGAAAGGACCACGUAACUACUGAUGCAGUAAACGGGCUUCUCCUUCUAAAAGACAUUUUCUGGACUCUUGAGACUUUUGAGUAACAUGGCAGUGAAGGAUUUCAUCACCUGGCAUCUGCUGGCUUUGUUUUUAAUUCCAUUUUGCCUGUGUCAAGAUGAAUACAUGGAGGUGAGCAGAAGAUCUAAUAAAGCAGUGGCCAAAGUAUUGCAAAGUCACCACCAGACUGGCCAUAAAGGUUCCAGCAGCAGGGAAAUUUUGAGACAGCGGAGUCAACUUAUAGAGUCAACUAUUGAUGAUAAUAGCACUUCUACAGACCAAAAAGCCCAGAGACCAGAGGUAGAUGAUGUAGCACAGACUACCUCAGACAGAGUCCAGCCCCCUCAAAGUGGACCUCAACAUCCAGACUGCAGUAGCUGCUGCCGUGGAGAGUUUGGAUUUCGAGGCUAUCAAGGGCCACCGGGACCUCCAGGGCCUGCUGGGAUGCCAGGAAAUCAUGGAAACAAUGGAAAUAAUGGAGCACCUGGCAAUGAAGGAGCCAAAGGUGACAAAGGAGACAAAGGGGACCUGGGACCAAGGGGAGACCGUGGCCAUCACGGACCAAAAGGAGAGAAGGGUUACCCUGGGAUUCCACCGGAGCUUCAGAUUGCAUUCAUGGCUUCUAUGGCAACCCAUUUCAGCAAUCAGAACAGUGGGAUAAUCUUCAGUAGUGUUGAAACCAAUAUUGGAAACUUCUUUGAUGUUAUGACUGGUAGAUUUGGUGCCCCAGUGAACGGGGUGUAUUUCUUCACCUUCAGCAUGAUGAAACAUGAGGAUGUGGAGGAAGUGUACGUGUACCUCAUGCACAAUGGCAAUACAGUUUUCAGCUUAUAUAGCUAUGAAUCAAAAGGAAAAGCUGACACAUCAGGAAACAGUGCAGUGCUAAAACUUGCCAAGGGAGAUGAAGUUUGGCUGCGAAUGGGGAACGGAGCACUCCAUGGAGAUCAUCAGCGUUUCUCCACCUUUGCUGGGUUUCUUCUUUUUGAAACAAAGUAAAAAAAAAAAGUGCACUUUUAGGCAGCUUUUUUUUUUUCCAAGCUGUUCUGUUUUUUUUCCUGGUCUGUGGCACAACAUUUCAACAUGGUAGGAUCAGGAAAGCUUAUCCCGAUGCAUUAUGUUGUAUUCAUGUAUCAGAGGUGCUGAACACAUUGGGUAAAUGACAUAGAUGCUAUUUCUCGGAAGGUACAUUGUCACCUGGGUUGCACCUAAUGGACUGUUACAUGUUUCUAUUGGGGGAGCCAAAAAAAAUAAAAAUAAAAUAAAAAAAAACAGGUGGAAAAAAGGGAGAAAAGGUUUUAAAGAAAUGAUUUAGAAAGUGGUUUGGGCAGUUUGACCCAAAUUUGGUGUAUAGAUAGAUUUUGUUCAGUACGUCAGGAACUGUACAACCCUUAAUUCAUAGUCCUUUAUUCAUUCAUUUAUUCAGUCCUCCAUGGAAACUGGCUGUGAAUAACUGAGUUGGCUCAGCUUCAGGUGAUAGGGGAUUUAGAGGAAAAGGCUAUAGAAAAACUUUUACAAAUAGAAAAAAAUGUGAAAAAAAUGGUAUUUAGGGAUUCAGGUGAUUGCCCCACCCUCUUGAACCUUUUUAAGAUGAUCUUGGUGACUUUAGUAUAGUUUUCUAGUAUGAAUUUACCUGCUUCAGGAAAAAAAUGCAAUGGUUGGAUUUCUUAGCUUAAGAGCAGCUCAAGGCAGAGGUUCUUUGGCCUGUGUUAUGUAGAAGGUAAGAUUAGAUCUGCAGUUCUCAACCAGGGGUCCAGUCCAGGGCCCCCUGCGGGGCCACGAGCAGGUUUCAGGGCAUCUGCCAAGCAGGGCCGGCAUUAGACUCAUUGGGGCCCAGGACAGAAAGCCGAAGCUGCGCUGUGUAGGGCUGAAGCCCGGGGCCCUAAGACUCGCCACCCAGGACUGAAGCGAAAGCCUGAGCAACUUAGCUUCAUGGGGUCCCCUGUGGUGUGGGGUCUUAGGCCAUUGCCCUGCUUGAUACCCCCUGAUGCGAGCCCUGGCUUUUAUAUGCAGAAAAACAGCUGUUGUGGCACAGGUGGGCAGUGGAGUUUUUAUAGCAUGUUGCGGGGAGCCUCAGAGAGAAAAAGAUUGAGAACCCCUAAAUGAUCAUAAUGGUCUUUUCUGGCCUUCCAAUCUAUGAAACCUGGUACAGCAGGGUACUAGAUUUCAGGACAGGGGCAUAUUGCCAGAGAUGUUUGGAAUGCUCAAACAGCACCAUGAGCUAGAGAAGCAGGUAUCUCAUGGAGCUCUUAAAAGGAUAUACAUUUUAAUACCCUCAAGUUUACUUACCAUUUUCCUCACGGUCUUUUCUGGAAGUUAUGCCUCAAGGAUCCAGUAUUUCAGGAAAGACAUUGUGGUAUGGCAAACAAUUCGCUACAUUAGUAUAGUAUUUAGCUGAUAAAUUGAAACUUUAGCUGGUUCAGUAGACCUGGCCACACUACGCUGAGCUCUGCCCAUUUUUGUUAUUCCGCAGUCUUCAUAAACAUUAACAUUUGCCCUCCAUUCUUCAAGUUUACAUUACCUGAAAUCCUGUGUUACCCUUAACUUUUUAUUUUAAAACUUACUAGCAGUUCCAAACUAGCAGUCCUUACUAAUAUAGUAUUCUAUAGUAGUGCAACUCUUUUUUAUGGAAGGGGCCCCCGAAAUUGCUUUGCCCCUGGCCCCCUGAAUCCUCUGGGCGGCACUGUCUCUUCUUCCACAUUGAUGAAAGGGUAAGCAUCUUAACUGGUGAUUUGCAACAGAUGUAAGGCACCACUAAUAUAUAGGAAGCAGGUGGGAUUAGCAUGAGUGUAAAUUCUGAAUCCUAGCAAUAUUUCUUAGAACGUCUUUUAUAAGAUAGUGAUUACCAAUACCAGUACAAUAGAUUAAUGAAUUUAAAAUCUGACCUCUGUAUUUAAAUAUCCUUGUACUCAUUCCUAGUCUACGUAAACUGCCUUUUUAAAAUGGGAAAAUAUUUUGAUACUUGAACAAUAAGAUCUUCAUUAUUUUUAUUUUUGUGCAGCAAACACUGACAAAAUAUGGAUUUUAGUUAAUUAUCAUCCAAUAAGUUUAGGUUUUGUCUGUGUAUUUAGUGCAGUGUUGUACCAAGAAGAGUUUUCAUAAUCUAAAACCAUAUUAUUUUAAGAUAGUAUUUUGGCAUGCC